AUAUGAUACGUCCCCCCCUCUCACAGCAUGCGUCAUCAUAUUUCACCUGCCUAUCUCGCAAAGCAGGAAGACAGUACUGUGUGCUAUUGACAGAUUGUUCCAAAUAGAUAGAAACGUUCACAGACUAUUCUGAAAUCGGAAGGAGACAUACGGGCCCACAAGCUAUUUGUAAGAGCUCGCGCGAGCUAGUUCUAUUCCGCCCUUAACCGCGACCAGCUACGCUACAUUACAGCAGUCAGAGCAGCUUAUCAGUACGGUGGUGUUGGUGGUGCUGUAACGUUGUCAGUCGCUGGCGGCUAACCUGCUGGAAAUAGACAGGCUAACUAACGUUAGCCAAGUUAGCUAACUAAGUACUCAUAGUACGAUUUAGGCAACCCUGUCGAACAAUCCGAUAGACAACUGAAACAGUUGCUGGACUGGUUAGGGCUUGUUUCGUAGCCGUUCACCAUGGGUUCCCGAGCCUCAACGUUACUCAGAGAAGAGGAGAUCGAGGAAAUCAAGAAAGAAACCGGUUUUUCUCACAGUCAGAUUACCCGACUGUAUAGUCGCUUCACCAGCUUGGAUAAAGGUGAAAAUGGAACGCUCAGCCGGGAAGAUUUCCAAAGAAUCCCUGAACUGGCGAUAAACCCUCUUGGAGACAGAAUCAUCAAUGCCUUCUUCCCAGAAGGGGAGGAUCAGGUGAACUUCCGUGGAUUCAUGCGAACGCUGGCCCACUUCCGUCCGAUCGAGGACAACGAAAAGAACAAGGACCCCACGGCCAACGAGCCCCUGAACAGCAGGACCAACAAGCUCCUGUUUGCAUUCCGGUUGUACGACCUGGACAGGGAUGAUAAGAUCUCACGUGAUGAGCUUCUGCAGGUCCUCAGGAUGAUGGUCGGGGUGAACAUAUCAGACGAUCAGCUCGGCAGCAUCGCUGACAGGACCAUCCAGGAGGCGGACCAGAACGGAGACAACUCCAUCUCCUUCAACGAGUUCAUCAAGGUGUUGGAGAAGGUGGACGUUGAACAGAAGAUGAGCAUCAGGUUCCUGCACUAACCUGGAUAGCCUCGCGGAAGGACUCUGGGUGCAGAAACAUCAUGCCAGCUGGUACAAGACCCAUCUCGAUUGAAACACUCUUACAGGCUGCUGUGGCCCUCCAGACAGCCUCCGCUCUCUGACCAAGCAAUAGGUAGAUAGCCCUGUCAAGUGUCUCCUUUUGUCUGUCUGCCUUGCACUGCUCUGUCAUCAAAGGGAAUACUUGCGUGCCUUGUUUUGUCUUGGGUUUUUAUGUGCUGUCUUGACGAAUAUUCCCCCAGAAAAGAAAUGUAUUUAUUUAAGACCGUUCAAGGUCAAAUCAGAACUCACACUGUUUAGUACCAAGGCUUUGUGUUAAACGCUUACUCUUUACACUAAAUUUAUAUUUGUUGAGUGUGGUGCCAUGGUUAAGUUAUGGCUUUGCUGUUGUAAUGUAUAGGUAGGCAAGGCCAAAAGCUCUCCAUUGUUGUGCUAUAUUAACACUAUUCACCAUUGUUGAGAACAUCCUCCCUUUUUGCAUAUUUAUCUGUGUGAAUAUGCAGUUAUUAAAGGUAAAAGUCAGAAAUGUAAAUUCCGACUCAACAAAAAGAAGCAUUGUAUUUUAUGCCAACAAGCGUGUCCUCCCCUCACUCAGCAUAGGCCUGUUCACACCACCUCUGUCUGCCUCUUGUCCUUGAGUCAGGCCUCUUCCUCUCCAACACCAUUCUAACGCUGAACUCUGUUUGGUGCCCCCAUCUUGUUUUUCACCCCAAACUGAAGUGCCAUGUCCAUGACAUGUCCAUGUCAUGUCCAUCCUUCAACCUAAAUGCAGAAGGGGAACCAAAGUUGUUUGUGUUUCUUGUGUGUUAACCUAGCUACUGCCAAUAGACUGUAAUCACCCAUCUCUUGUGCUCUUCUGUUGGACUGCAACUCGAUAGCUUUGUCCCUCAGUCAUAUGACUGCAUGGCACAGAGAGGUGCAGAGAACAAUUAAACCACGAUCUGUCUCUUUCCAGGAUCAAUUUAAAACAUUUCAUUGUGAAUAAUAAAGAUGCAUUAUAUGUGUUUUUGAU